AAUGGACAGCACAUAGGAGCUUCGCCUGGACCGUAUCCGCUCCUGCUCGCCCGUGCGCCGCCCCGCUCCGAACCUCUCCACCUCCGGCUCUUCAGAGGGACUCGCCCGGGUCGGGGGUUGUUGUUGGCCCGGCUUCUCCCGCACACAUGGAGGGGGACGUUAUGGACAAAGUGGAGGCCACGGCGACGGUCCAGGACUUCGACUCCAUCAGUGGGAGCAUCCCGGCCACCAAAGUGGAGAUCACCGUGUCCUGCAGGAACCUCUUGGACCGAGACACUUUCACCAAGUCCGACCCAUUGGUUGUGUUGUACACCCAGGGCGUGGAGACCAAGCAGUGGAGAGAGUUUGGCAGAACGGAGGUGAUAGACAACACCCUCAACCCGGACUUUGUCAGGAAGUACAUCCUGGACUACUUCUUUGAGGAGAAGCAGAACCUGCGCUUUGACGUGUACGAUGUUGACUCUAAAAGUCCAGAUCUGGCAAAGCAUCCGACCGACUCUAACGACUUCCUGGGACAGGUGCACUGUACACUGGGAGAGAUUGUGGGCUCACCUGCCAGUCGCCUGGAGAAGCCUCUGGGUGGCAUACCUGGGAAGAAAUGUGGGACCAUUGUCUUGUCGGCCGAGGAGCUGGGAAACUGCAGAGAUUACUCCACCAUGCAAUUCUGUGCCAACAAACUGGAUAAAAAGGACUUCUUUGGAAAAUCGGACCCCUUCAUGGUCUUCUACAGAAGCAACGAGGACGGCACGUUCACCAUCUGCCACAAGACCGAGGUGAUGAAGAACACGCUGAACCCUGUGUGGCAGCCCUUCUCCAUCCCCGUCAGAGCGCUCUGCAAUGGAGACUACAACAGGACGAUCAAAGUGGAAGUGUAUGACUGGGACAGAGACGGGAGCCACGACUUCAUCGGGGAGUUAACCACCAGCUACAAAGACCUGUGCCGAGGUCAGAGCCAGUUAAAUGUCUAUGAGGUGAUGAAUGCCAAGAAGAAAAUAAAGAAAAAGAGAUACAUCAACUCUGGGACGGUGUCCUUGUUGUCGUUCAGCGUGGAGUCGGAGCACACCUUCCUGGAUUACAUUAAAGGAGGGACUCAGAUUCACUUCACAGUGGCCAUUGAUUUCACUGCAUCAAAUGGAAAUCCAUCCCAGUCCACUUCCCUGCACUACAUGAACCCCUACCAGAUGAAUGCCUAUGCCAUGGCCCUGAAGGCCGUGGGAGAGAUCAUCCAGGACUAUGACAGUGAUAAGAUGUUCCCUGCCUUGGGAUUCGGUGCUAAGCUGCCCCCCGAUGGGAGGGUCUCCCACGAGUUUCCUCUGAACGGCAACAUAGAGAACCCGUACUGUAACGGCAUGGAGGGGAUUCUUGAAGCUUACCACCAAAGCCUUAAGACGGUUCAGCUGUACGGACCCACCAACUUCGCCCCCGUUGUCAAUCACGUGGCCAGCUACGCAGCUGCAGUUCAAGACGGAUCUCAGUACUUUGUUCUGCUCAUCAUCACUGAUGGCGUCAUAUCAGACAUGGCGCAGACCAAGGAGGCCAUAGUGAAUGCAGCUAAACUCCCCAUGUCUAUCAUCAUAGUCGGAGUCGGUCACGCGGAGUUUGAUGCCAUGGUUGAGCUGGACGGGGACGACAUCAGGAUCUCCUCAAGAGGGAAGUUGGCAGAAAGAGACAUUGUACAGUUUGUCCCGUUCAGAGACUACAUGGACCGCACAGGCAACCACGUGCUGAGCAUGGCCAGGCUGGCUAAAGACGUGCUGGCUGAGAUCCCCGACCAGCUCAUCUCCUACAUGAAGAGCAGGGGCAUCAAACCCAACACCGUCCCUCCAGUUUACCCCCCUGACGACAACUCCCAGACAAACCCUGUCUGA